AAGUCACGGGAGGGCAGGCUAUACUGGAAGAAUACUGAUUGUGCCGUAACUCCAGAGGAGAGCUGGAUUAAAACGAUGUCAUCCCCUGGGAAAGCGGGCUUUCACAUAUUUGAGAUUCAGAAAACAACUUGGGAUGUCCCAGAGAGAUACACGUCUUUACAAUCCAUUGGGUCCGGUGCAUAUGGGACGGUGUGUUCUGCUAUUGACCAGAAGACCAAAGAAAAGGUGGCCAUAAAGAAGCUUUAUCGUCCAUUUGAAUCAUUGAUUUUUGCAAAAAGGGCUUACCGUGAAGUUAGACUGCUCAGACAUAUCCAACAUGACAACGUGAUCUCCCUCUUGAAUAUCUUCACACCUGAUUCCACACUGGAGAAGUUCCAAACUUUUUACAUGGUAAUGCCCUUUGUGGCCCAGGACCUUGGUCACAUCAUGAAGAGAAAGAGACUGACAGACCGAAUUAUCAUCUAUCUAUUCUACCAAAUACUACGGGGGCUAAAGUACAUCCAUUCUGCUGGAAUUAUCCAUCGGGAUCUCAAACCUGGUAACCUGGCUGUCGAUGAAAAUUGUGAAUUAAAGAUCCUGGAUUUUGGUUUGGCUCGCCACACAGAGACUGAGAUGACCGGGUAUGUGGUGACACGCUGGUAUAGGGCUCCAGAGGUCAUCUUCAACUGGAUGCACUACAGUCAAACAGUGGACGUGUGGUCUGCAGCGUGCAUUCUGGCUGAGAUGAUCACUGGCCAGGUGCUCUUUCCUGGCAGCGAUAGCAUUGAUCAGCUGAAGAAGAUCCUGAAAAUGACAGGAACCCCUCAGCCCUCCCUGAUCCAGAAGAUGCAGAGUGAAGAUGCACGCUCAUAUGUGCAGUCCCUACCCCUUCAAAAGAAGAAAGACUUCAGGGAGGUCUUCCCCUCCAUGGAUGCUAAAGCGGUGGACAUGCUGGAGGCCAUGUUGCUGCUGGACCCCGAGGCCAGGAUGACUGUUGCAGAGGGCCUCUCCCACCCUUACCUGUCGGAGUUCCAUGACCCAGAGACCGAGCCGGAGUCCCCCCCAUAUGAUGACUCGUUUGAGAGCCUGGAGUUGGACACAAGUGAAUGGAAGAGUCUUAUCCACAUGGACAUAAUGACCUUUGACCCCAACAACCCCAGGGAGACCGCAACAUAGCACCACAGUACGGCUGCAGUUUUCAAUAGGUUAGGUCUAUUUUUGUUUUCAGGAUGGGUUUAUGGAACACAGUACAGUUUCUAGAUUAUGUCAGUCUAUUACUGUCAUGUUUUAUAUCUCACCUCUUGAAAUGCUGUAAAACAUUAUACCUAGAAGCAUACACACAUGGGUCUCUUGAGUCCAUCAGUUUGAAAUCGGAUGACAAACUGACGUGAUAGAUUGACAUAUGAAACAUUCAUUAUAGUCAUAUAGACUUUUUAUUGAAAACUAUAAUUGGCUCUUUCUCAGACCAAAAAACUAGCAAGAUAUUGAAUAGAUGUAUAAGCAGUGAUGGGCAAGCUACUUAGAAAAUGUAGUGAGCUAAGCUACCAGUUACUCCAUAUGAAAUGAAGCUUACACAAAAGCUUCCUCUAGACAAAAUGUAGCUAGCUAAGUUACAUACAUUUCGCAAAAGUAGUUUACUAUAUCAGAAGCUACUUUGUAUUUUUACAAAAAAUUAACAUAAGCAAAAAAAUUAAACCAGCUUCAUGCCAAGUCAGUGCUUUUUGAAAGACCUAGCCAAUAUAACUUAGCCAAACAGAUACAGUAACUUACCUUUAUUUACACAUGUAGGCUAUAACAUAUGUUCAGUUCAAAUACAAUAACCCUUGAUGGUUACUCUCACAGCUCCAAAAUCAAUUUGGGGAAAAAAGAGUCCACAAAAAGGCAGGUACUGAGGGAGAGUGCAUUGGGUCCAUGGGCAUACUCAAUUUGCAUUAAGCUUGCAGGAUCAACUGCAAGCUAACUCAAAACUCCUUAACUAUAUUUGAAGUACAAUAGCAAAGAAAUACACUAUGUAACUGUGCGUGCAUGCAUGUUUGCAUCUUCAUUGUUUGGUGGAUUUUUGCCUGUAAAAGUUUCACCUUCUCUUGAUUAUCUCAGUUUAAUUACACUUGGCUGACAUGUAUAAGUACAAUUAGGCUACCCAGUCAGUUUAUCUCUACCAUGUGCAAGUUAAAAUGAAUGCAAAAAAAUUGACAGCCAAUUUUAUAACCACACAGUAGAAACCAGACUCUACCACCAACAUCUUUGCAAGCACAAUUUCGUUGCUUCAGCUCUGCCAUAAAAAAUGAGUUUGUUUUACAAAUUUACACCGAAUAGAGUAGCCUAAAUGUUUCCCAGACAAUGUAGUGCAAUAAAGGACCAAUGCCUGUCUCUUCUCAGAUUUAGUUGGACAAAUGUCAUGUUUGUCAGAUCCAUAGAAUAAAACUGAACUUGCAUGUAUGGGUGGCCAGAAGGAAGUUUUACUGUGAGCUCCACAAAUGCUCUGGAAAAUGUAGCUUCUGUAAAAGCUACUGCACUACAUGGUCAAAAAACAAAUUGAAAAGCUGUCUGCUUCAGAAUAGCUACGCUACCACCAAGCUACUGAAAAAUGUAGUUAAGCUAGUAGCUUCGCUACAAGUACCAAGCUAUUGCCCAUCACUGGAUGUAAGAUAUAUGAAACAUAUGGCUAUAUUCACUUGUUCACCUGACUUUACUUGCCAGCCACAAUAUAGAGAGAAUAUUUUACAAGUGUUCUUUUUUUAGAGAUGUGUCACCUGUUUGUUCUUUCAUGUGUUACAACCACAAGAUGUCACUGUUCUCUAAGCAGUGAACGUAUGUAUGUAACAAAAGGACAUGAGAGCAUGAUAUAACUUGUUAAUUGUGAUGUAUCAAUAAUAAAGCAUCUGCACUGAACAAUGUGGAAUAAUCACAAAUUAAAUGGUUUGAAUUUAAA